CGAACACCCCACCCACUUGCGUGCAUAAACCUUGUGUGGCCCUGUAAAUCUGCAUCGAGGAGAGACAGAGAGGGCAGUGCAGUGCUGCAGCAACUGCGCGCGACCCACGACUACAUUAAACGACACCCUGUGGCCUUGCUUCCCGGUUGGCUUGAUCACUUGGUACUACUACUGUACUACUGCUGCACCCCCUCGCAACCCGAUAAUUCACCGCCCGCCGCCUUAUCACCCUUUUGAACGCGAACAAGUGCGCGCACGCGGCCGCCCCGCUUAAGACCGUCCAUCCCACGACUGGUAGUGUGGCCAGCCAAGCCAUCAAAUCUACCACCCUCCCCCCUAGCCCUGCCCUGGCCAGCCAGCCCAGCACCCGGCGCCGCCGCCGACCCGUUGCCUGAGCCUGCGCCGCCCACCGACCCGCUUAGCACCCACCGCCUGCCUGGCUUGCCUGCCUGCCCCCGCACCCCCCUAGAACACUCUGCCUGGUUCGACUCGUCGUCGCCCCGUUCUACCCCCUUAUCCAUCCAUCCACCACUUGACUCAGCACGCAUCCAUCCACCCACCCGACCCAGUCAUCCCAUCAACCCCCCCGUGUUACCCAUAUCUAUUUCCUAUAACAACACUCACACUUUACUCUCUGCUACUCCAACUCCCUCCUCGUUCCUUCCUCUACCACCACCACCAACACACCACCCACCACAACCCCCCAACACAUCCACACACAAUGCCUGCCAAGAAGCGCUGCCAGUUCCGUGUCAUCUACAACAUCCCCGUGUCGCCCACGGCGGACGCCGCGCCCACCACCGAUGGCGCAGACGCCAAGCCGGCCAUGACUGCGAACCCGACCCAGUGCCCCUCGGCUGCGCUCAAGAUUGCUGGCGACUGCCCCCACUGCAGCAAGGUCUACUGCAGUGCUCACCGCACCCCCGAGACACAUAACUGCUCCGGCAUGCAGGCCUGCCGUGAUGCCGCGUUCCAGGCGAACAAGGAACGCCUUGAGCGGGAGCGUACCGUUGCCAGCAAGAUUGCUAGCAGCUGAGCGUGCGUCGACGGUUGUCGUCGCACGAGGUUGUUCACCCAGGGACAAUGGUGUUUUAGAGGGCCCGAAGGCAUCGGGCUCACCCCCCACCCCACUCCAUUCUCGACCUCGAACCCAUCAUUCCACCUCAUCGACACACCCCGCAAUGUGUAGUUCGUUGUAACCAGUAUACCAUUCCACCAAGCCCACUUUAAUGUAGAACGUAGAAUGAAUGUGUUUGUUAUUGUACGUAUACAAA